AUGUCGGCGCCUCGGUAUGGGCGCGACCGGCAGCGGCCACACCGCCGCGGUGUUCCUGGCAGCAAGCGCACGAACCCGUGGUACUUGUUGGCCGGUGGAUUCUUUGUGGUGUACUUCAUAUUCCUGGUGCGCUGGCGAUUUGGAAACGUUUCUAACCUGGAAGGUUCCGCUCCAACCGAGCAGCUCAGCAACUUGCGGAAGGCCAGCAACCCAGUGCACAUUCAGAGCGAUGACGCACUGGACGUGGAGAUCGCAGCACGAUUGGAAGAGCAGCGUAGAACGGAGGAACGCGCACGUCACAUCCCCAUCAAAGUAGUGCUCCCGACGACUGCCCCACCCACUGAACCUCCAGUCGCUACGACGGCAGCUCCAAUCGCUGCUACUGCUGCUACCGCGACCGAAAAGCCCAGCGAUUUAGAGAAAAUGGCUGCCGGUCAAGAUCUGGAAGGACGCGUGCCGGGGAUGCCAGUGCAGAUAGCGGAAGAGGAGCCAGAAAUGCAGGCUGCCCCCGCCCAAGUUUCGCCGGCACCGACGACAGUACCGUUCGCGUCAAGACAUCUGACGAUCUCGGGAUAUAGCGAGACGAUGAAGUUCUUGGAGAACUACCAGUACAACCCGGACGAGUCGUUGUUUCUAUUCUUCAUGUGUAGCGACGAGCAGUUCAAAGCCAGUGACUGGUCCGAGGAGUGCGCGAAGGGGAAACAACACGUUUACGACGUGUUCUCCAAGUCCCCCGGCCGCAACCGGUUGGUGACGGUAUUUGCCGGUUCCGAGAAAUACUGGAAACACCAGAAUGAGUUUUACAACGAUCCCGAUUUGAGGGUGAAGGGCGUGCCUUCCAUCAUACAAUGGGAAGGGCGCAGUGGUCGGACGUCAGGAAUGUUGGUGCAUAUGUCUCUAUUUGACGAGCCGUUUCUGAGGUAUCUGUUCAAGAAUACCGACCAGCCGGAGCUGCUCUUCGCAGCGGAAGCCGUUAAGAACAAGCAGAUCAUAACGGUGAAUGGCUAUGACGCAUAUUUGGACGCCAUGGUCAAGUACGAGAAGGAGGAAAACCCGGUCCCCACCUUCUUAAUGAUGGUCUCAGGGCGAUUCCGGAAUAACAACCGACCUUGGUGUCCGUACUGUCGGUACUCUGAGUUGCCGCUAGAGUACGCGUUCUACUCGUUCGCUCCGAAGAAUGCGCGACUGAUUCGCGUCGAAGUCACAGACUCGUACGCCGAGUGGAGGAAGCGCACGGAGUUCACCGCCGAUCAGAACCUGCAACUUAAGAUCGUGCCGUUGAUGCUCAAGAUCGACCAACUUCCUGCGACGACUCCGAACGGCCCCAAAUCGGUCAAGUUUACCCAACACAAGAUUCGCUACGACCGAUUGACGCCGUUACGCGAGCUCUUCACGAGCUACGCGUAAAGAGGCAAAGGCGACAUUGUCCAUAACUGUGUCUGGUUUACUGAAAUCUAUAGAGCUCGAUUUCUCUUUGUAUAUUUUACUUUUUUUUAAAGUACAGGACUACAUCAC